GUACUCCGUUUUGAGUGAGUGAGUGUUUCGCAUCCUGGUGCGGGGCUCUAAGGAGGACUGCGCAUCACCAGAGUUGGUGCCGAAGUUCGACCGUGAACGGAUGUGAGGGAAGAGUGUGCCGAGUAAAACUCACCCACUUCUUUUUUUCUUUAUCUCCUGCUUUGGUGUUGUUUUGCUGAGACAAUAGUGAGUCAAAGACGCUGAAAGUGAUUUCAUGCCUUCAGUCUCGCACAACCUGAGAUGGACGUGAGAUUUUAUCCUGCGCCCCCGGCAAAUGUGGGUUCAUGCUCCCUACCGACUGAUCCAAGUUGUCUGAGCCCGUUGGACUAUUACCACUCGAACAAGUUUGAUGGUGACAACAUGUACAUGAAUGACAAUAACCAAGAGUUUCGGUCACCAAACCAGAGCUACUCCAGUCAGGGCAGAGGCAACAGUGGUGGUGGAGGAGGAGCAGGGGAUGAAGACUACGAGAUCCCCCCCAUCACACCCCCCAACCAUGCCGACCCCUCUCUGCUGCACCUCAUGGAGCAUGAGUCAGGGUACCCCUUCCACUCCCUGCCUCACAACGGCCUGCUCAACACCUACUCCUACCCUGAGCUGCCCGCCCUCAUGAUGUCCAACAUGCUGGGUCAGGACACCCAUCUCCUCUCAGGGCCUAUGCACUCAAUAAAUAGUGAGAAAAGGUCCUCAGCAGAAAUGAUGAAGCCCAAACCCAAACCCCAGAAGAAGAAGAAGAAGAAGGACCCCAACGAGCCACAGAAACCUGUGUCGGCCUACGCGCUCUUCUUCAGAGACACCCAGGCGGCCAUCAAGGGCCAAAAUCCCAACGCCACCUUUGGGGAUGUCUCCAAGAUUGUGGCCUCCAUGUGGGACAGCCUAGGAGAGGAACAGAAGCAGGGUUACAAGAGGAAAACCGAGGCGGCCAAGAAAGAGUACCUGAAAGCCUUGGCCGCGUACCGAGCCAGUCUGGUUUCCAAGACAUAUAAUGACACUGAACCAAAAAGUGCCCAGCAGACCAGCCAGCCCUCCCACAUGCUGCCCCCAAAGCAGCCCCUGUACAGCGUGCCCCCCCAGCCCUCCUCACCCUACCUGGGCCCGCCGGGUUCCUUCCCACUGUCAGACCUCCAGAGCUAUGCCGGGCCACCCCGCCACACCCUGGCCCAGACCCUCAGCCAAUCCCAGAUGCUGCCACCCAGCAUGAGUGCCUCUCCCCCAGCUCCCUUCCAGAUCAGCCCACCUCUGCACCCCCACGCCCAACUCUCCCUGCACCAGAGCUCCCUGCUCAACCAGCCAAUCCGCAUGCAGCAGUCGCAGCCAAUCAUCUCACACCAAAUGGGGCUCCAGGCGCCUCUGCAUUCCCCUCCUCUCAGCCAACAGGGAUUCUCCCAUAUUCAGGCUGAUUACCAGAACAGUGUCGGGGGCUCACAGUCUCCAGGGGCUCCCAACCCAGUGCAUGGCCAGAACCCUGACUGGGAUAGCGAGUACUGCAACAGGGACUGUGGACCCAACCACUGCGGCAGUGGCAUGGGAGCUCGGGACAAGCCUCUCUACCUCACUUGAAGUUGAAAGACCUCCAAAUGUCAGACUCCAGGGAGAUUUCCAACAUAACAACGUCAUCGAUAUAUCUGCUUCUACACCAUUUUGUUUUUCUUUUCUUUAUCUGAAGGAUUUUGAAAAUCCCAAAGACUGCUACAGUAACUUCACCUGUUUGCCAAGCACUUAGAUCGGCCAGAAGCCUGAGGCACUUCUCUUGCUUUUUUUUCUUUCCUUAUCAGUGAACUUUCAAUUUUUUCGCGGGGGCAGUGAGCUUUAAGCUCAUGCCAACAUACUGGAAAUGAAGACCAAAAAAAAAAAGUCUUCUCAUUUUGUUUUGAAUUCUUUAAAGAUGCUUUCUCUUCUCUUCACUCCAUUACUGUGUGUUUGCCAUGGACUGCCCUCAUUGGGGAGAUGAAAUGCUCUAAGCAUACUCAAAGCGUAGGGUCUUGGGUAGAAAAGCUAAUGCAGGAAACUAGAAUAUAGUCACCUCAGCAGGGGUGGGUGUACUUCAGGACAGACUGAACCACCCUGGCUGAGUAUAAGCAAAGCAUCAUUUUAAUGAAGAUAGUCACAAACGCAUAAGACAUUUGUAAAUCAUCUUUGCCCCUAGUAAAGGACUUCCUCGUUUCCUUUAUUUCUCACAGAGUGAUUGUAAAUAUCACCAAAAUGGAUCCCUCUUAUGUGUGUAUUUAGCUGCAGUCCCUUGCUUUCUUUUAUUUUAACAUUCUUUUUGUUUGGUUUUGUGAUUUUCGUGCAGGCAGAUUCAGUGAGGGAAUACACACACUAAAACUUGUGUUGAAACUGUGUUCACUGGUCUUGUUUCUCUCCAAACAAGAGAGAAAUGCGGACUGAAAAAGCGCUCCAUUUCCUCCAGUGGUUCCUUUACUGGGGGAGCUCUGAUAGAGGGUGUCACUCUCUCCACGUGGCCUCAGGACGUUACCGAAUUGUAGAGGUCAAUGAUUGAAACCUCUCCUUUUAGCUCAUCCUCCUCUUGGUCAGUAAGGACCGCCCCCCCCGAACCCCCCCACCUGUAACCCCACCCACCCGUAGUCCCGACACCACUUGUACAGGUGAAUUUAAAAAAAAAAGUUGCUAAAUGUGAAAUGUUACUAAAGAAAAAAAACAGUGGGUUUUAAAGUUUUUGACUAGUUUUAUUAGGUGUUUUAGAAUUGUGUUGAACUCAUCUUUAUCAUUUUUUGUGAAGAAAAAAAAAUUCUUAAGAUAUUUUGUUUUUCACUGUAGCAGGAUUUGCGUUCAGAGGAGCGGUCAUGGGGGUAGAUAUUUUAAUUUUGUGUAUAAACCUGCCAAAUGUACUUCUUUAAUUUGUAAAGCCAGUGAUGAGAGAACCCAUUUUGUUUUGUUGAAUAUCAUUUGUUUUACAAUAUGGUCAUUCUAUUUAAUUUGGUUGCAGGUUUCACAUCUAUUUAUGAAUAAUAUGAAGUAACAUUUUGGCUUUUUUUUCAUCAGGGUGCAUUAUUAUUAUUAUUAUUAUUAUUAUUAUUAUUAUUAUUAUUAUUAUUAUUAUUAUUAUUAUUAUUAUUAUUAUUAUUAUUAUUAUUAUUAUUCAAACAACAUGAUUAUUAGAAUAAUAAAUAUUUUUUCAGAAAUUGUUGUUGGUGCAAUACCGCUGUACCAGCAUUAGAUUCAUUUUGUGUCACAAAUACUUCUUUUGUUUUCUUUUGUCUGUAAUAAAAUGUUUAAAGUGGA